GUCAUUUUAUUGAACUGGUACUGUAUUGUCUAUAUUAUAAUAAUAAUAACUAAUUUAAUCUCAACAUAUAAACAAUAUUAUGUUCAAUACCUAUCGCUUACACACACACAUAUAUAUAUAUUAACUGAUAUACACGUUAUAUUGUACGUAAUGGAACUCACGAGGAAAUUCGGAUUUCUGAAUCUGACAGUUCUAGAACACUUCACGGACAUGGACCUUGUGCAUGUUCACUGUAAACAACAAAUAAAUCUAUGCGGAAUUCAUCAUAUAAGAUCAUUGGGAAAACUUUUAGUUGCCCAAUCGGAAAUACUGAAAAACCGAUCACAUCGUCUAUACUACGUGCUACAUAAGUUUAAUAAUAUGAUAUUGCCACUAGACGACAACAUCGCAUUUGAUGUGUUCCUCGAUUGGUUUUUAUACAAAAGCGUGAAUAAUGUAUAUGCAGUCGUUGAAAACCUCACAACGACAAAUUUCAAAAAAGUAGUUACAUUACACCUGAAUCAAAUGCCCAGAUUAGAUUUGGACUCGGCUAAUCUUAGUUUCAAGCAAACGAUUUCCAAACCAUUUAGUCACCGGCCCAUGGAACCGGAAUUAAAUUCACCAGAUGGACCGCCUUCUAGCAGACAAUCUCGUGGUUCCAUAUCGAAUUCAACUACAUCAACUAUUAGUAAAAAUGUAUCCAAAACAUCCAAAAAUGAAGAAGCAGCAUAAUGAUGAUAAGAACAAUCACACCAAACAAUAAAGUAGUGAAGGAGUAAUGGAGCUAUGUGAGGAUCCUUGACAGACAGGCGUCAACCCUGGUUAAAGAGUACACUAGUCGACGUUUAAUAGCAAAGAAAAGAUUAGAAUUUCUCUACUGAUGCUAAUGAUUAUGGAAUUCUUAGUAGAAAAAAUUUUGGACAAAAGGUGGAGGUAUGGUAAAAUAGAAUAUUUCCUUAAGUGGGUAGGUUUUUCUGAUAAUCAAAAUUCAUGGGAACCUGCGAGAAUCUUCAUUGUGAAGAGUUAAUUAAAGAUUUUGAAGAAAAAUUAGAAAAAUUUAAUAAUCAAUCAGAGCAUAAAGUCGACGUACAUGUAUAUCCAAAAACAUAGGGAAUCGUAAGAAAAAUUAUUGAUGCUGCUCUUCAUAUAGGCCCAAAAAGUUUUUUAGUCAAGUGGCAAGGGAUAAGAGAGCCAGAUUUAAUUAUUUUAAAUAAAUUAAAUAAAAUGUACCCACAACAGGUUGCACUUACAAAUCUCAAUUACAUGUGUAAAUAAUAUAUAUUAUGAUAAAAAAAAAAAUAAAUAAUUUUAUGCUAUUAUA